AAUAGGCUUCAUGUUUAUAUAUUUGGGGCUUUAGGAAUGGUAUGAUGCUUUUCUCCUCAUCGUAUUUCUUUUCAGCCUUCUGAUUUUAUCCAUUAAUUAACCAACCGAAUUUAGUACCGCUUAAUCUCCCAACCAAUGUACUCUAUUCUACAGAUUGCAUCAUCAUUUUGGUAAAAUCUACAACAUAUCUUCAAUCUGCAUUUUUUUUCUUCUCAAAACCCUCAAAUUAAAGAAUUAAGCACAAUUUUCAGUGAUUACGUUAUGGACUUGGUAGGACCAAUCAUUGACAUUGUGAAGUUUGUUGGUAGUCCAAUUGUGAGAUACCUAAAAUAUCAAAUAAAAUUCAACAAUCAUUUGGAACAAUUCAAUGUGAGCAAAGAAGGAUUGAGCAAUCGAAAACGUGAAAUUGAAUCAAGAUUGAACAUAGAGCUUCACUAUGGGAAAGUUGCAAAGGAGGAAGUGCAAACAUGGUUGAAUGAUGUGGAAAAGUUUCUUGCAAGACAGGAGGUUGCAAAUGAAGUGAAUAGUUGGGGAUGUCUCUCAUGUUGUUGUCGAGUAAAGAUUCUAGAGGAAAGAGCUCAAGAAGCAAAGGAAAUCUAUGACAAAGGGGGUAGUUUCACUAACGAGUGUUUGGUCAAAGAUGAUCCAUUCGUUUCAGCAGUGGAAUUGCCAAUAGAAGAACUACAAGGUAGUGGAGAUGUCAAAGCAGAAAUUUUGAUGAGCUUGAUGGGAGAUGAAGUGAUAAAGCUUGGAGUUUGGGGAAUGGGGGGAGUUGGAAAAACAACAAUCAUGAUGCAUGUCCAUAAUGAGUUGUUGAACAAAGCCAAAUUCAAGAAAGUAAUUUGGGUAACUGUGUCACAAACCUUUGAUAUCUACAAAUUACAAGAACAAAUUGCAUGCAGCUUGAACAGAAAGCUAGAGGAGAAUCAAAAUACAACUAAUCGUGCAGCAGUGUUGUCAAAGAUGCUAGAAGAACAGAAGCCUUACUUGUUGAUUCUAGAUGAUGUGUGGAGGAGAUUCAAACUUACAGCUGUUGGAAUUCCUGAGCCAUUCGUAAGUGAUGGUUGCAAGUUGGUAUUGACUACAAGAUCACAAGAAGUUGCUCGUACCAUGGACUGUAAGAUAAUUAAAGUGAAGACCCUUUCACAAAAGGAAGCUUUAAAGUUGUUUAUAGAUAAAGUUGGAGAUAUUGUUUUAUCAGAUCAAAGGUGCAUUAAAGGAACUUUAGAAUCAACUUUAAAGGGGAUUGUAGAUGAAUGUGAUGGCCUUCCCUUAGCAAUUGUUACUGUUGCUAGUAGCCUGAAGGGAAUAUCGGAGCCACGGUUGUGGAGUGCUGCAUUGAAUCAAUUGAAAGACUGCAAAAGAAAUGUAGCAUGCACAGAUGAUAAUGAUGAUGCAUUUGGGGUAUUAAAAUUUAGUUAUGAUCGUUUGAAAUCCUCACAAAUCCAACAUUGCUUUUUAUGCUGUGCAUUGUAUCCAGAGGACCACAAUAUCCCAAUAGAUGAUAUAAUUGACUAUUGGAUUGAUGAGGGGUUGAUAGAUGAAAUGGAGACCAUACAAGCAAUGAAGGAUGAAGGCCUUGAUAGAUUGAAGAAACUUCAAGACAAUUGCUUGUUGGAAUCCAGUAAAUAUAGAUUUGAAAAUGGUGUGAGAAUGCAUGAUCUUGUUAGGGAUAUGGCAUUGCAAAUUACAAGAACGAGUCCUCGGUUCAUGGUAGAAGCUGGUAAGGCGUUGACAAAGCUACAUGAGAAGGGAGAAUGGACGGAAGAUCUUGAAAAGGUUUCAUUAAUGAGGAAUAAGAUAGAAGAAAUUCCCUCAAGCAUCCUAUCUUCAAAAUGCACAAUGCUCACAACUUUGUUGUUAUCCCACAAUAAUUUGUCAAUAAUUUCAGAAUCUGUCUUUGAGAAUAUCCCUGCGCUCAAAAUUCUUGAUCUUUCCCACAAUUUUCGGCUGAGGAGCUUGCCAAGUUCCAUUUCCAAAUUGGUGAAUCUCACUACACUCUUGUUGCAAUGGUGUCCAUCCUUAACAGAGGUUCCAACUUUUUCAGAGUUUGGAGCUUUAAAAAAGUUAAACCUUAAUUGGACAAAUGUCGAAAAAGUUCCUAAAGGCCUAGAAAUGUGUACAAAUCUCAAAUAUUUUAGUCUUAUGGGAAAUUGUGACAUAUUAGAUGAUGCAAUAUCAUUAAAUCUCCCAAAACUACAACAAUUAUUUGUGGAUGAGAGAAUAGCGUUAAGAGGGGAAGUGAUAGGGAGAUUGGAGAAGCUGGAAGCUUUUCAUGGCAGGUUCCAUACAGUGCAUGACUGGAGCAACUUUUUGAAAUGUGUUUGUGAUCAAGGAGAUCAGUUGAGUAGAUACUCUGUUGCAGUUGGAAAAUAUCCUCACCUCAGUCGCCCGACCCUUCCUGGAGGUUCUGGCCCGAGCUUUGUUGGAGGUUAUUGCCCGGACAUUCAUGGUGAUCGCACGGUGAAAUUCGGUGGAGAGAAUACAAUAUUGCCACCGUCAGUAGAUGUCUUAUACAUUGGACGUUGUGACAACGUAAGAAGCUUAAAUGAUUUUUCUUCAAUUAAAGAUGCAACAGAUUUGAGGGGCUGCGAGAUUGCGGGUUGUGAAGGCAUGGAGUGUGUUUUUACCUCGUGGAUAAACCCACUCGUCCAAACCCUCGAGCAAUUGAAUCUUUGUGGAUUGGUCAAGUUGGAAGGCCUAUUUGACGCAGAAAUGAAUGCCAUGUCCCCAUCACCGCCACCUGGCACCUUUUCAUCUCUUAAAUCUAUUCAUCUUUUUUUAUGUGGUAAAAUAAAAAGGUUGAUACCCUCUUGGAAGUUGUUAGGGAAUCUCCAAAGUCUUGAGCGGAUUGAUGUCCAGCAUUGUGAAGAAUUGGAAGAAAUAAUAGCAUCAGACCCAGAAGAAGGAGGGGACAUCAUCAAGGAGCUCAUUCUUCCAAAAUUAAAAUAUCUGAGUUUACGAUUCUUGCGAGCAUUAAAGAGCAUCUGUGGUAGGAGGGCAGUAAUGGUAUGUGAUUCUCUUGAAGUGAUUUGGAUUAAAAAUUGCCAGUGCCUAAGGAGGAUCCCUCUUUCUCUUCCCCUGGUUGAUAACGCCCAACCAUCUCCUCCUCCUUCCCUCAAAGCAAUCGGUGCAGAUUCAGAAGAAUGGUGGGAAUCGUUGGAGUGGGACCAUCCCAAUGCAAAGGUGGUCCUUCAACCCAUGGUUCACUUUUAAUCGUUGAUAUGCUAUUCCCUCAAGACUCAUUCCACAAGCAGGAAGCAGAUUCAGUCUAUCUUGUUCGGGAGGCUUCAAAGGAUGUGCUUUCUACUUUCUAGUUUCUAUCCUUGUGUGUAUUUAAGUGUGAUUGUUGUGCUUUCAAUUUCAUAUUGUGUUUGUGAUUGAGAAUAUUUGUGUUGAAAACGGGUUUCAAAGAAUGUGCUUUCUACUCAAUGUAAAUGUACUUAUAAAAUAUGUUGUCAAUC